UGUAUAUGGAUGGUCAGCAAUAUAUUGGCUUUGGGCUAAAGACCACCCAAAGAAAGCGAAAACCAAAGCCCUCUUAACUCAGGACCUCUUGCGUGUGUAUUGUUAUUCUUCCUCUUUCUGUUGUGGCCGCCGCUGUAUUAGGCUUUUCUGUUUAUCCCUAUUGAUAUCGUUGCCGGUCUUCGUAGCAGUCAUUUACUUAAGUGGUUUGAAGCGAAUAUAUAAGUUGCUCUGCGCGCAGCCGAACGGUGAAGUGCUGGUGAUUGCUUCCCUUCCCUUUCUCCAAGAAUGUCAUCAUUAAGGAAUGCCAUUAGCAGACGGGCUCACAAGGAACGAGCUCAACCGUCCUCGAGGAAAAAAUUCGGGCUUCUCGAAAAACACAAGGAUUAUGUUGUUCGUGCGAAAGCAUUCCACAAAAAGGAGGAGACUUUACGGAGACUCAAGGAGAAAGCCGCAUUCAGGAACCCAGAUGAAUUUUACUUUCAGAUGAUAAAAACAACAACUAUGGAUGGAGUUCAUAAACCUGAGAAUCAGGCUAACAAAUACUCUCAAGAAGAACUCAUGCUAAUGAAGACCCAAGACAUAGGAUAUAUACUACAGAAAUUGCAAAGUGAAAGGAAGAAAAUUGAGAAGCUAGCUGCCAUGUUGCAUUCUGUUGAUAAUUAUCCAUCCAACAGACAUAUUUACUAUGCUGAAGACAGGGAAGAGGUGAGAGAAUUACAAUCACAAUCUUCAGAAAGCAGAGCUACUCCCUCUUCUGAUGAUAUCCCUGAUCAUAUUAAAAGGAAGACAGCUACUUCAUACAGGGAAUUAGAGGCCAGGAAAAAUAGAGUGAAUCAGCUAGAGAAACUAUAUAUGGAUAUGUCAUUGAAGAAGGAAUUACAGAAAAAGGGUCGGAAGCGCAAACUCCGUGAAGAUGAGCUAAAAUGUCCAACGUCCAAGCCAGUGUAUAAAUGGCGAUCAGAAAGAAAGAGGUGACAAGGUGUUCAUAGCUCGUGAGAUUGAAGUUUUUGUUUGUGGCAACUGAUUUGAGGAGCUUCAUCAUGUCUGUGAGAGAUUAAAGCCUCGGAUAUUGAGACAGCAAGCUAGAAAUAGUUGAUGACAAGUUUUACUUUAUUGAGAUUUUCUGUUGGGCUUACAUACGACUUCAAUUAUAAUUUAUCAGAAUUGUAGUAUAUAGGGAGCUCUUCCCUCAUUCAUAUGGAGUGGUUUUUGAUAAAUUGAUUUAAGUGAAUUGCAUUUUAGGCUGUUACAUUCUUAAUAUUGUGCUAUUAGCUUUAUUAA